AUGGUGAUCUCUUCUGGUUCUUUCCGUGUCCACUUCCCCACACCUGGCUGGUAUCUGUGGCCAGCCACAGGCCAGGGCUUUGGUGUCAGAGAGGCAGUGACUGUGACAAUUUCGUCUGAGUCUUGGGGUCAGCACCUGGACCUGGCCCUGCAGCAAGAUGAGCACUGGAUGGUGGCAGCUCCUUUGUUUGACAUCACAGCAGAACCUGAGGAGGCCAUAGCCAAAAUCCACCUCCCCAACUUCAUCUCCCUUCAAGGAGAUGAGGUUGUUAUCUCCUGGUUCCAAGUUGCCCAUUUUAAAGAUGAAGGGAUGGUCCUGGAGCAGCCAACCCCAGAAGAGACUUUCUACGCUGCUCUAGAGAGCCCGGGCUUCUCUCUUAUGGGAAUCCUGCUGUGGAUCACCAAUGGUACCCGACUGUCAGUUCCCAUCACUUCCACCACACUGAUCUAUUAUCAUCCUCAUCCUGAAGGAAGAUACCUUAUCUCCAGUGAUGAUGUGCUAGCAAAGGCAACAGAUGAAGAGGAAGACAGAUUCCAUGGUGUGCAUCUGCAGACCUCACCUCCAGUGGAACCCCUGAACUUUGGUUCCCGUUACAUUGUGUCUGUAUGUGCACACCUGGAAAUAGUUCCCAAAGCCAUUGAAUUAUCCUACAGGAGUCCUGGAGAGAUCCAACCUUUCUCUAAAAUCUAUGCUGGGCAGAUGAAGGAACCAAUCCAACUGAAAAUUACUGACAAAAGACUUGGGAGUAUGGUCUGGGAGACUUUGGUAAAACCAGUGGAUGCCCAGCUUGGUGCUGCAUCAGCCCCUCCUGCUUUCUCAGGAGCAGCCUUUGUGAAGGAGAACCACCGGCAACUCCAAGCCAGGAUGGGAGACCUGGGUGGGGUUCUGGAUGAUCUGAAGGACAAUGAGGUCGUCACUGAGAAUGAGAAGGAGCUGGUGGAGCAGGCACAGAUAUGGCAGAGGAUGAACAAGACCCUGUUAAGGAUAGUGGAGAACAAACGGGACCAGGCUCUGGAGUUGCUCUACAGAAGCCUCAGAGAAAGGGAUCCUUACCUUGUGACCUACCUCAGACAACCGAGCUUGUCACCGUGA